AUGCCCCUGAUUGAGCAAGACCUUGUUUUCACAAACGUCUUGGAUAGAUCAGUAGACGAGGACAACAUCUACAUGAUGCAUGCAUCUGUCAAUCACCGCUGUGUCUACCAUGUCCUGUGCCAGUGCUCAUACUGUACUCUGAAGCAGCCGCCAUCGCCGCCAUGGUACUUGACCGCCGAUGCCCAUGAGCUGCAUCCCACGUUGCAGCAGCCCGCGCCGCCCUUGCCCCCCUCGCAAUCCUCGUCCCCCUCGCCUCCCUCGGGGUCGACCAUGUCGGCUUCAAACAUGCGCGUGUUCGUGCAAUGGAAGGACUCGACCGUGUUUGCCGGCGAAGACAUCGAGUGCACCAUCACCUUUCGGAACGUGGCGUCCAUCGAAGGCGGCGACCCAUGGCGGCCAUCACGCAAGCAGCACAACGGCUUCGCAGGAGGAGCUGGAGCCGCAGUAGCAGCAAGUGGAGGCGACCGACACGAUCGGCAGCGCAGACUUCCCCCGGUGCACUCGUCGACGAGGCCGACCAUGUCGCGCAACUCGUCGUUUGUCUCGGCGCAGGCUCCCCCCAAGAUGGCCCACAGCCUCCACGGCGGCCCAGCGCUCUCACUGCAUAACCCGUCGACGGUGGGAGAGCGUCGGCCGCCCCUGACGUCGGGCGCGGUAGGCAGCAAGAGCGCCAGCGGACAGCGCCAUGGAAGGUCACUAUCCAUUAUCUCACUAGGCGCACACGCAACCGCAACCAAGCACGCAAACAACGCAAACCCGCCCGCAGAUAGCCACCAAGAACGGGGGGGCAUACCCAUACGACGGCCGCCGCGGGGCCAUGCGCGGUCGGCAAGCCUGCAGGUGGUGCCUGGCCGCCCCAACUCAUAUCCAGUCGCCUCUCCAGGCCACCGUUCGGCCACACACCCCUCGCCGCUGUCGGCCGCUUCUCCCCAAUUAUCGCACCCUGCGCCCACCGAUUUCGUCUUCCCACCACGCUCUCCACGCAGGCGACCUGACAUCACGACGACGCCCGUCACGCCCAUUCCCCCUACUACGCGGAAGCCUUCCAACUCGUUCUCGCACAACUUCAAAUUCCCCACUACUCCUCUGUCCGCCCCGCCACCUGACGAACCUCGGGUCGAACCACGCAGCAGAAGUCCUGCAAAGGCAGUCAGUAGGCGCGGACAAUCUCCACGGCUACAGCAUGAGGGUCGCAGAAACCCAACGAGUGCCACGCUGGAGACACUCUCACCGGUAGCUAGGAUCAUUUCGGGUUCGAGCAUGGAUGACACCCCGCGUAGUAGUGGCGAGUUCUAUUCGAUGAGCAACAACUCAAAUGACACGCUCAUGUCCGAAUACACUGCCCAUCCGUCAGCCCGGCUCCUCCAGCGGCCGUCGCAUCAUCGCUCUCCAUCCCACUUGGCGCCAACACCCCAGCAGGCUCGUCCAGAGUCCUUGAUGAUGGGUUAUGCUCAGAUAACGGGCUCCUUCACCCUUGAUGGUUCACUGAUCAACCAAGCCCCUUUUGAAGAGGUCAAGAGAAAGGGCGUGGUCGGUGGACAGGGGGGAGGUGGUGUUGUGGGAGUGGACAAGACCAAGCGCGAGAGUGGUCUCUUUGGUGCGCUGGGAUGGGGCAAUAUCGGAGAGUCGCUGGGUGGUUUGCUAGGUGCAUCGGAGCCGUCUAGCAUACGAGAGAUGCGGGGCAAGGCGAGCUCCAAGACCGUCCCGCUCAUCAGUACGCCGCAGUCGAUACUGUUUGUGGACCUGAAGCUCGCACCCGGCGAGAGUCGGAGCUUCACCUACAGCUUUACCAUACCUCGAGGUCUGCCGCCUACACAUAAGGGACGGUCUAUCAAGGUGGCAUACAGUCUUACUAUUGGAACACAGCGUGCUGGUUCUACGAAGGAUCAGCAAGUGAGACAAGUCGAGAUUCCAUUCCGAGUCUUUGGGAGUGUAAAUAGCCGUGGGGAGAUUCUUGGACAUGAUCUCAUGUCUCCCUACAUCAUCUUGCGCGAUCAAGCGCGAACCAAAGCCAUCGAUCCCGCUACUCACACCAAGUCCCCCUCCUUGGUCAAAAAGGCCUCUAUAUCAGCCAAGCCAGAAGAAAACACCUUCAGCGAUUUCCUCCAAUACGUAGAUAACCUCCUUGACCGUCCACGCCAAAACGCCAACAUGGGACUCCUUUCUCCUACCGGCACCACACCCGGCCGCUCCUCCAUCGCCGAAGAGCCUCCAACAAUGAAAGAGGCGAUUGACACUGCCAUCUUACGUAGCAACCUCACUGGUGCGGCGAAUCAAUCGGCAAACCGCUUUGAAAUCGCACGCAGUGGAAGACGCGUCGCUGUUAUUAUGCUUGCGCGACCAUCGUAUCGCCUUGGCGAAACAAUGAGCGCAGUCAUUGAUUUCACAAACUCGCAUAUCCCUUGUUAUUCUAUACAUGUCUCCCUGGAAAGCUCUGAAAAGGUUGACCCAGCCAUUGCGCUAAGAUCAAAUGCAUCCAUUUACCGCGUCACCAAGAAAGUCCACGCCUCGUUCUCAGAAAACGCGCUGUUUGCGCGAAAACUUGCAUUCUCGCCUACCAUACCCCCAAACGCGACACCCGAAUUCAUCACCAGCGGGGUUAGUCUGGAGUGGAAACUACGCUUCGAGUUUAUUACCCCACGGCUGGUACAUGAGAGCGGGGAAGAGGGAAAUUGGGACGAUUUACUCGAGGAGAUUAGUCAGGAUGAUAGGGGCGUGAUAUUAGCGGCCGCGCAAAGGUUACCAGCGGAGAGCUUUGAGAUUCAGGUCCCGCUAAGAGUAUAUGGGGCUGUUAGUGGAGUGGCGGAGGAAAUGGAUGAGGAGGGGCUGCCUGUAUAA